UGGCUGCCAGUGCGCGCGGGAAAGGGGCCGGCACCGCCUGCGCGCGCACAGUCGGCGGCCGCGCGCUGCACGCCCGGGGCCCGGAUGGCGGCCGCGGUGGCGGCGGCAGCUGGAAGUGGGCCUACCCGGGAAGAGGACAGCUCAGCUGGGGAGGUGGCGGCCCCGCAGCCCCAAGCCCCGACAAGUACGCCUGGGGCUCGUCUCUCGAGGCUACCUCUGGCACGAGUGAAGGCCUUGGUGAAGGCGGACCCCGACGUGACGCUCGCGGGACAGGAAGCCAUCUUCAUCCUGGCACGAGCCGCGGAACUGUUUGUGGAGACCAUUGCAAAGGAUGCCUACUGCUGUGCUCAACAGGGAAAGAGGAAAACCCUUCAGAGGAGAGAUUUGGAUAAUGCAAUAGAAGCUGUGGACGAAUUUGCUUUCCUGGAAGGUACUUUGGAUUGAUUGCUGAACUGAUUGAUUGCUGAACUUUUGUGAGCCUGUACCUGCAUCCUUCAGCUAGGCCCUCUGCAGGCCUCGGCUUUGAAGAACAGAGUCUUUGGAAUAUUGUACUUAUAUGCUUUUCCUGUUCUACCCUCACCUAAGCCUGGUUAAGCAGAGAUCUCACCUGUUAGUUUUUCUCUACAAGGUCUUCCACUACUUGUGUCUUCCAUUUCUGGCCUGGCUGUGGCAGCUGCAGCUUCGGGUAAAGAUGUAGAAAAUGAUUUGUGCAGGUUGCUUAAUGUUAUGAUGAUAUGAAUGAUAAGGACCAAAUAAAGGUCUCUGAUCAACUUCAA